AUGAGCGCAGGUGGCACAUUUGUGCCACCGAUGAUGAUAUUUCCGCGAAAACGGGAUAAUCCACUACUGAUGAAAGGUGCUCCACCUGGUGCCAUUCACGCUUGUCAUCCCUCAGGAUGGAUACAACUUGAACUAUUUACUCAAUGGUUCGAGCACUUUUUACAGCAUGUGAAACCAACUGCUACAUCGCCAGUUCUCCUGAUUUUAGACGGGCAUGCCAGUCACACCCGAAAUAUCAAAGUAGUGGAUUUAGCCAGAGAAAACCACGUUCGCUUGCUGAGUCUACCCCCUCACUCAAGUCACAAAAUGCAGCCACUUGAUAAAACAUUUAUGGGUCCAUUAAAAAAGUAUUUGACUGAAGAAAUUCGUAAAAGACUACGAAUGCAAGCUCGAGCAAUAACACAUUACGACAUCGCAGAAUUAUUUGGUCAAGCCUACAUAAGAGCUCAGCGUGCAGAAUUGGCCAUUAACGGCUUCCGUGCAACUGGAAUAUAUCCCGUGAACAGGAAUGUAUUUCAAGAUCAUGACUUCAUUGACGAAGACCUUCCAGAGGUAGAAGAAACUUUUGAUGAUCCAGUGCGCGAUUUAAUGACACCAGUCAAUGAUGAUUCCGAUAACUGUUUGCCUGAGCCAAGAACUGUUGUAACUCCGAGUCCUCAAUCUGUGAAUGUACCGCCAUCACCCCAGAGUGUUGAUGGACAUCACCAAGCUAACCCGCAAACCGAAAUGCCGACGACGACCAUCGAUGAUGCUAUAGCUGGUCCCUCAACAUCAUCUAGAACAUUUUUGUCGCCAAAAGUGUUGCAGCCUAUACCGCGUUUGAAGAAGACAGUCAGCAAUAGAGGAAGAAAAACCACCAGGCCUACGAUUUUGACAUCUUCACCUUAUAAACAAGAUUUAGAAACGUCGAUACAAAGGAGCACAAAAAAGAAACAAAAGAAAACGCCAAAGAAAACAGCACAAAAGAAAAGAAAAAUCGCAAAAGAUAAAAAAUCAUCGUCUGAAAGUUCUGAUAAGAGUGAUUUUUCAGUCAAUGAUAGUACCGAUGAAAGUCCAGAUCGUUCCCAAAAUCAAAAUGGUAGAUGUUUGUAUUGUAAUGGGCUUUUUUCAGAAGAUGUUCAUGGAGAGAAAUGGAUCCAAUGUGCAUCUUGUAGGGAAUGGGCUCAUGAAGAUUGUGCUGGCGUAGAAGAUAUGAGUGAAAAUCUUGCUCCGGUAACUGAUAUUGCUGAAGAUAUUGCAGGUGAUAACGACGGCGACUCUUCUAAUUUGGAACGAGAAGGGGUUCGUGAUAAGAAUCAACCGAGUACUUCACAUGAUGAUCCUCCAGCAGAACCAAUGGAAGUUUCAGAUGAUCAAGAGGAAAACAAUAUAAUUGAACAGAGCAGUGAUAAUACAAUAAAGAAAAUUUGUAUUUUUUGCGGAUGCUGGGAGAAGAGAAAAAAGAAACGUCGGGAAUACCCAGUUAAAGAUAACAACAAUUUGGUCCAAAAAAUCAGAGAUAUGUUGCUUGUCCUAAAUGAUGAAAAUAUUGAGCAGAGAAUAUGUGAAUCAUCAUGUAUCUACUAUCACAGUGCAUGUAGACAUAGUUUCGAAAUGAAAUGA